GUUCAGUGGGUUGUGUUCCGGCGUGAGCGCGUUUCAUUCAUCAGUUCUCUGGUGGAAAUGGCGAACAGAACAGUGAAAGAUGCGAACAGUAUACACGGAACUAACCCCCAGUACCUGGUGGAGAAAAUUAUCCGCACUCGAAUCUACGAGUCCAAAUACUGGAAGGAAGAGUGUUUCGGUCUCACAGCUGAGCUUGUUGUGGACAAAGCAAUGGAACUGAAGUUUGUCGGAGGAGUGUAUGGCGGAAACAUCAAACCCACACCUUUCUUAUGUCUGACGCUGAAGAUGCUCCAGAUUCAGCCUGAGAAGGACAUCAUUGUAGAAUUCAUCAAGAACGAAGAUUUUAAAUAUGUCCGCUUGCUUGGAGCAACGUAUAUGCGCCUGACUGGCACCUCAGUGGACUGUUAUAAGUAUUUGGAACCGUUGUACAAUGACUACAGAAAAAUCAAAACACAGAACCGAAAUGGAGAGUUUGAGAUAAUGCAUGUGGACGAGUUUAUAGACGAGCUGCUUCAUGCCGAGCGAGUGUGUGAUGUCAUCCUCCCUAGGCUCCAGAAGAGGCAAGUCCUGGAGGAAGCUGAGCUUUUAGAUCCGCGUAUCAGUGCCCUUGAAGAAGACCUGGAUGAGGUGGAGUCCAGUGAAGAAGAAGACGAAGAAGAGGAGAAGCCGGAAAGAGUACAGACACCAGAGCCACACAGACGGAGUUACAGAGAUAUGGAUAGACCUCGCAGAUCUCCCUCUCCUCGCUACAGACGAAGCCGAUCGCCCAGAAGACGAAGCAGAUCCCCCAAGAGACGAAGCCCAUCACCCAGACGUGAGCGAGAACGGGAUCGCCACCGCAGCAAGAGUCCCCGCAGACACCGCAGUCGGUCCAGAGACAGGAGGCACCGCUCCAAAUCUCCAGGUCAUCACAGAAGCCACAGACAUCGCAGUCAUUCAAAGUCUCCAGAAAGCCGCUCAAAGAAGAGUCACAAGAGGAGUCGAAGAGGAAACGAGUGAUUUUUCUACAUUUUUUUGUAGAUUUUUUUUUAUGUAAUGCUUGUAUGGUAAUGUGUAUAUAAAAAAAAAUAUGAUGUGAAUCUUUUUCUCAACUGAUUGGAGUCACACAAGUUUUUUGAUGCUGUUUAUUCUUUUAAGUCAUUUUGAGUGGAAAUAUUUUUCAUCCCAUCAAUUGUAGUUCAUUAUUAAAGUGUUUCAGCAGCCCUCUUGUAAUAAACAGUUUAUCUACGUGUAAAUUAUGAAAAGAUUUUACUCAAAUAAACUGUUGUUACAGUGA